UUGUUUGCAAAAUUCUCCAAAUGCGAGUUCUGGCUCCAGCGAGUAUCUUUUCUGGGUCAUGUGAUUACUCAGGCAGGUAUCGAGGUGGAUCCUUCUAUGGUCUCAGCUGUUCAGAACUGGUCGACACCAAGGAGACCGUCCGAGGUUCGCAGUUUUCUCGGUCUAGCUGGUUACUAUCGCAGGUUUAUCGAGGGCUUUUCCAAGAUUGCCCGCCUUCUAUCCCAGUUGACGAGCAAGUCUGUGAGGUUCGAGUGGACUGACCGAUGUGAGUCGAGCUUUCAGGAGCUCAAGAGGAGAUUAACUUCAACACCGGUGUUGACUAUUCCCGAUCCUUCUCGGAGUUUCACCAUCUUCAGCGAUGCUUCGAGACAGGGCUUGGGAUGCGUCCUUAUGCAGGAUGGCCAGGUCGUUGCGUAUGCUUCACGUCAACUUAAGCCGCAUGAGCAGAACUAUCCGGCGCACGACUUGGAGUUAGCCGCAGUCGUUCAUGCUCUCAUGAUUUGGCGACACUAUCUUUACGGCGGUCAUUGUGAGAUUUUCACAGAUCAUAAGAGCUUGCAGUAUAUUUUUACUCAGAAGGAGCUCAACAUGAGACAGCGCUGUUGGCUAGAGCUCGUCAAGGAUUAUGAUUGCUCUAUUCAGUAUCAUCCGGGGAAGGCGAACGUCGUUGCUGAUGCCCUAAGACAGAAGGUGAGGGGUGACUUGACGUACGUCAUUACUCAGCAGAGUCCGUUGAUUCAGGAGUUUGCCCGGAUGCAGCUUCAGGCGAUCGAUGCACGUCCCACAGUCAUUGUCAGUGCCAGUGUCAGUGCCAUGCAGAUUCAGCCGACGCUGAGAGAGAGAAUCCGGCGAGAGCAGGCUUCUGACGAGUUCGUUCGUGUCAUGGAGCCCAAGGUUCGCGCAAGAGGCGUCGAGGGCUUUAAGCUAGGUGUCGAUGGUGCCCUAGAGUUCAGAGGCAGGAUCGUGGUCCCGAAA